AUGGACGCGAGCUACCUUUCCCAGCAAGUUAAUACCAUAAUCGGUCAGCUUCAUGGCCUCUUCGACGAGAUUGGCGUUGCUAGCCAUGAUCGCGAAACCAGAGAAUCGGAGCUCUUCGCAGCGCUCUCUGAGACUUUGAACAAUCAGGUAAAACAGGUGACAGUAGAAAAGAAGGAAUUAGUCGAAGAGGCGCAAAAACUUAUUACUAUAAUCCGCCAAAUGGAAGCGUCCCUUGACGGUUCUAGGUCACAACGCAGCUACACACCCGAGAGUGACGAUCUUCGGGUCACUUUUCCACUCACAAGAUGCUUAACGAUGCUAAAAGAGAAGCAUAUGCAGAUAAGCAAGCUGCACCGUGAGCGAUUCGAGCAAGUUAAGAAACUCGUACAGGCAUUGGAGUCUUACUCUUCCCAUCUCGAGCCUACAUUCAUAAAUAUUACUUUACCACCCACGGGCCCGAACCAGUCAAUUCCCCCGAAUUUCGAUCUUUCCCCUUCAUACGUUAAUAAAUUAGAUGACGAAUUUACCCGAGUCUACGAAGAAUACACCCGACGUGUAAAUACAGUUAAGUCUCUAUCGGAGCACAUUAUCCAGCUAUGGGCAGAGCUUGGUACGCCUCAAGCUCAAACCGACGGCGCGAUUGUAAAGUAUUAUCGCGAUGCCCCUGAGCAGCUCGGCCUACACGAAGAAGAUCUGUCUAGACUUCGUAAUAAGAGAGACAAGUUGGCGGAGGAGAAGAAGAAUCGCGAAAAGUGCCUCAAAGAUCUCAAGGUGUCCGUUGCGGCGCUUUGGGAGAAGCUCGGUGUCGAUGAAGCGGAGCGUAAGGCGUUCCUGAAUGGCAACCGCGGCUGUGGAGUCCGACAAAUCAAUGAGUUUGAGGACGAAUUAGCUAGGCUAAACGAGCUUAAGCGACAGAACUUGCACUUGUUUGUGGAAGAUGCGCGGUGCAAGCUCCAGGAGCUAUGGGAUACGCUAUACUUCUCAGAGGAUGAGAUGCUCGAAUUUACGCCGGCUUUCUCUGACGUCUAUAGUGACGCGCUACUAGAAGCUCACGAGCGCGAGAUCACUCGGCUUGAGACUUUAAGGGAACAGCGAGCGCCCACCCUAGCUUUAGUUGACAAGCAUCGUACUCUUGUUCACGAUCGAGAUGAGCUUGCAGCAUCUAGUCAAGACGCAUCCCGACUUAUGAUGCGUGGUCAAAAGGGAGAAAGACGAGACCCAGGAAAGCUAUUGCGCGAGGAAAAGAUGCGAAAGAGAAUUGCCAAGGAGCUUCCUAAAGUCGCGGCAGAGCUUGUCAAGUUGCUAGAAGAGUGGGAGGAUGAAUACGGCCGCCCAUUCCUUGUGUAUGGGGAGAGGUACCUCGAUAUUCUAGAACCUGAAGCUCCCAGACAGGUUCCAGGCCCAAGAUCGAAGACCCCUGCAGGCCCUCCGCCAUCAGCAAACAAGGUACAGAAAUCAGCGCCGCCACCUAGCCGCACCAACAGUAAUGCUAGCAAAGCGGGUACUUUUCCAAGAUCGAAAACGCCGAUAGUGAACGGCAACGGCAAUGGCACAAUUAGGAGAGCGCCUCCUGGUAUGCAACCACCCAAGGACCCGAAGGGUAGCCCAUCCAGGAUACCAGCCCGUGCUCCUUUGUCUAAUCUAAAGCAUGGUAACAAUUCCCCCGAAAGACCUCGGCCAGAAUCGCGGGCCCAAGGCGUACUACGACCUGGACACCCACUCGCGCGCGCUCCUCCGCCUAAGAUGAGAGACUUAAACUCUCCUCCCGAGCUAGAGACCCCGGUAAAUCCCUACCGAAAUGUCGGACUUGAUUCAAGCACCCAUAUCCGAGCUGUUGAGCCGGACGAUGUGUAUGAUGAUCGGGCAUACGAGCGAGACUCGUACCAAGCUUAUGCAAGAUCUCACUCACAUCAGGAUCCGCACAUGUCUAUACAAAGUGAGCGACUUGCACAGUCAUCCUACCCUCAAGCACCUCCUCCGAGACAGAUUUCAAAUACGUCUACGGUGGUAACUGGAUCUGAAAACUGGGAGACGUACGACGAUAAUUCGGAGCCGGAGGCGGACGCGUCCGAUGCAUACUAUGCCAAGGUACGAGCAGCAAGAGGAAAGCGGUUCACACCGGAAGACCCAUACUCACGGCAGCAAGCAAAUGUACCGAAGCGAUAUCGAGGCAUUCCCCCUCAAAUGCAACCCGGGCACGGUACGAUAGAUGCUGAAGGCAAUCGUAUCAUUUCGGGCAGUGAGUGGACUGAUGAAGAUGCCUACUAA